AUGGGCUUAAUUACCGCUGUCACUCUCUUCGCUAUUGCAGUUAUCAUCGGUCAUAGGGCUCUUCCUGGAGUCAAGUCAUGGUGGGCAGAUUUCAACUAUCGUUAUAGAGUUACAAAUGAUCUUCAAUUAGUCAUUCCUAUGGGAUUGCAGGCUCUACGUCACGUUUAUCAGACUCUUAUUUCCCAUAGAUUCAACCAGUUCUAUGACAUUGAGAAGACGUGUCUCAGUUCCAAAUACGGAAACAAGAUCGCACUUAAUUAUAUUCAGUUGAAGCAGGGUAAAAAAUAUCAAGUCGAUGGAGACGAUGCCUUCAGAAUUGAUAGAUACACGUACCAUCAGAUGUAUGAUAUCGUUCUCAGACUAUCGUUCAUAUUAAAGAACGAGUACGGUGUUAAGAAAGGUGAUACUGUCACCAUUUACUUUAUGAAUAAGCCUUUGUUUAUUUUCAUUUGGCUUGCAUUGUGGAAUCUUGGUGCCAUUCCAGCAUUUCUUAAUUACAAUUUGAAGCACAAUCCUCUAGUUCAUUCUGUUAAGUUGGUCAAUUCUGCUUGCCUUUUAGUGGAUAGUAACGAUUGUGAGGAGCAAUUUAUGGAGACCAGAGACGAGAUUUUGGCUGCCAUUCCAGAUCUUAAGAUCUUUUAUCUCAACGAUCAGGUACUUGUUCCAAAAUUAGAGGACAAUUCUUCUCCUAAAUAUCGUGAACAGGACUCUGUUCGUGAUAGCGGCGUGAAGGCACAUCAUCCAGCUCUUUUGGUCUACACCAGUGGAACUACCGGUAUGCCUAAAUCUGCCGUUAAUUCAUGGAGAAAGUUGUUUUUUGCUGCAUAUCUUUUCACCGUGCCUAUGCAAAUCACGGAGAAAUGUAACAUCUUCACAGCCAUGCCACUAUAUCAUGGUACUGCGUCGAUAUUGGGCGUUGUACCUGCUUUCGAGUCUCGUGGUACCCUUUCACUAGGACACAAGUUUUCUGUGUCAAGUUACUGGGCUCAAGUGCGCCUAACUCACUCUAAUACAAUUCAAUACGUAGGAGAGGUGUGCCGUUAUUUGGUAGAUGCGCCAAAGUCUGAAGAUGAAAGACGUUGGUACGGUAAAGUAGAUUUGGCGUAUGGAAACGGUCUUAGAAUGGAUAUUUGGACCAAGUUGAAGAAGCGGUUUGGAAUAAAAGCCGUGGGAGAGUUUUAUGCAUCGUCAGAAUCUCCAUUUGCCACUACUUGUCGUGAAGUUAAUGGAAACGGAGUGGGCGCCAUUCGUAACAACGGAUAUUUGGCUGAUAGAUUUCUUACUAAGGCUAUGUAUACGUUGGUUCGUAUGCAGAAGGAUGACGACAAUAUGAUUUAUCGUAAUGCACAGGGAUUAUGCGAAGAGCCAGCUGCUAAUGAGAAGGGAGAGAUGAUUACGAAGAUUUUGAACCCUAGAAGAAUCGAGACUACAUUCCCCGGUUAUGUUAAUAACAACGAGGCCACUUAUUCGAAGGUUAUCCGAAAUGUUUUCCACAAGGGAGACGCAUGGGUUCGGUCUGACGACUUGAUGAAACGUGAUGAAAUUGGCAAUGUAUACUUCGUGGACCGGCUGGGAGAUACUUACAGAUGGAAGUCAGAGAAUGUGAGUACUACGGAGGUUGAGAACGAGAUUUUGGCAUUGGACGAUAUCGAGUAUUGCGUAGUGGUUGGAUGUAAAGUGAAGGAUCACGAGGGAAGAUGUGGCUAUAUUGUGUUGCAGACUAAGAGAGAUAAUCAGGAAACCGAAGAAGAGAAGAAGGAGUUGUUAGACAAGCUUGCUGAUAGAGUUUUCCAGCAUCUCCCCCACUUUGCGAGACCAUGUUUUGUUAGAUUUGAUCAGAUCGAGAUGACUUCAAGCCAUAAGAUCAGCAAGAAACGAUUCAGAAACCCUGUCCUACCAGCCGGACCAAAUGGAAACCAAGAGAUCUACUACUUAGAUACAAAGGGCAAGCAGUACAAGCCAUUGAAUGCAGAACUCUUUGAACAGAUCAUCAAGCAGGAGAUUAGAAUCUAG